UUUUUUCAUCCGCAUUGCCGCUUCAUACGUGCCCGUACGAGCUUGUAGGCCAUGGCGCCAUCAAGAACGACCCCUUUCCAGUCGAAACACGCCCUCGAGUACGGUUUGGAGCUCGUCGCGACUUCCGCGGACGGCGAUCAGACAGUGCGCUGCAAGUUUUGUGUCUACGAGGGCCGCGACAAGGUGGAAGUCUGUCCUGGUGCGACGCGCAAACGCAAGAGCCGCACCGACAUUCAAUUCUUCAAGAGACCGUUUAAGCCCGAGAACUACCGCAGCCAUCUGAAGCAGCACGAAGCGUCUUGGGCGGUGUACAAGGAGUUGUCGUUGGAGAAGAAGAAGGUCUACUUCACGGACAAGAUCAGCUCGGCCAACACGAUGCACAGCUUCGUCGACAGCUCCGCGGACACGAUCGUGUACACGAUCAAGGGGACGAUUGUCGACGACAUCAUUGGCGAUCUUUUCUUUCGACCCGACCAAGGCGACGUGGAUGAGGACGACGACGAACUCGGAGACAACGCCGCGUCUGCCGCGAGGAAGAAAGCAGCGCAACUCGUCAAGCAGAAGGUUAAUGCCAUGUCACUGUUCAAGUUGGCAGAAGAUGAAGAAGGCGGCCUUGAACCUUCAUUCUCAGCUGCUCUCGACAAGCACGACCUCACUACAACAUUUGAUGAGGCCUGGGACGUGACGGCCGGACGCUGGGUCACUCUGCAGACCUUCUGCUGUGGCUUAGCAGCCGUCUUCCCCAACACCACGUCCGUCGAGUCUGAUUUCUCGAUCCUCAAGUGGGAAAUGGACGAGAAUCGGACCGACAUGAUGCACCUUUCACUCGAAGGAGUCUUCCAGGCCAAGCAGCGGGACGUAUUGCAAGCUUUAAGCCAUUGAAAUGCAUCAUAUCUUGCUCAUGAACCCCUCAAAUGCCUCGUCACAUGCCCAAAUGCCUCGUCAC